AUGAUGGCAAUUACAGAUAUCCAAGGCAAUGGGUCAUACCCAGGGCUUCUCGUGUUGUCAGCUCUGUUAGUAUCGACCUACGUAAUCGUUACUGGAAUCUAUCGCCUCUACUUCCAUCCACUCGCGGCGUUCCCGGGGCCGUUCUGGGCCCGCUUGACUGUGUUCCCGUCAUGGUGGCAUACUCGUACUGGCGACCGACACGUUUGGCUGUAUAGUCUGCAGGAGAAGUAUGGACCCGAGUUCCGGUAUCGUCCAGACAGUGUCGUGCUCAACACGCCUGCUGCUUUCAGGAAGAUCUUUGGACCAAAGGGCAAUGUUAAAAAAAGCCUCUACUACGAAGUGUGGCCACGCAAUGUCCACACUGUCAACACAUGGAGCACGACCAGUGUUGAGGUGCACUCGCGCAAGCGUCGUGUGCUGAACUACGCUUUCUCAGAGGCGGCGCUGCGAGAUGCUGAGGUCUUCCUUCACGCGAACAUCGAUCGUUGGCUGGAGCUGAUUGGUCAACAAGCGCCAAAGUCUGGCGAGUGGACGACCUCUAUCAACAUGUGUGACUGGAUGAACUGGCUCGUUUUCGACAUCCUUGGUGACUUGUGCUUCGGUAAGAACUUUGACAUGAAGGAGCCUGGAAGCGAUCUCCGCCACAUCCCCGAAGUCAUGGUUCAAUUCAUGGAAAUUCUUCAUCCAAUUGCAUUCGGCCCGUUAGCCAACGCUUGGGUAUGGAUGAAGCCUCGUGGGCUCGACAAGCUUCUGGAGGUCGCCUCACCGCCAGUAGUCAAGAAGUGGCAGGACUUCGUUGAAGGAUGCCUUGAGAAACGGUCCGCGGUCGAACACGAAUUGGAGAAGAGUCCCAAGCCUGAGGGUGAGGUCCGGAAAGACUUCUUUCACUGGCUCUUCAAGGCUGUCGACCCCGAAACUGGCAAGCGUGGCUAUAGCGAGCACGAACUCUUCGCUGAGUGCGAGCUGCUGACUAUUGCUGGUUCCGAUACGACAUCCGUCGUAAUGUCUGCCGCCUUCUUCUACCUGGCUCGUCGACCGGAGGUACAGGCUAAGAUUGCUGAAGAGGUCAAGUCGGUCUUCUCAAGCUAUGACGAGAUCAAGUCUGGUACCAAGAUCAUGUCCUGCAAAUACCUCACUGCGUUUCUUCAAGAAGCUAUGCGCAUGACACCACCAGUCGCAGCAGAGCCCAGCCGUGAGGUACUCCCUGGCGGAACAACAGUCGGCGAUCACUACUUCCCCGCUGGCCUCCACGUCAGCACCGGUCUUUACUGUCUCAGCUACAACGAGAAUGUCUUCCCGGAGCCCUUCAAGUUCCGCCCUGAGCGCUGGAUCGUAGACGAGACUGGAAAGGAAGGAUCUUCGGCUGAGAGUGUGGCAUUGGCGGAGAAUGGUUUCUGUGCCUUCUCAUAUGGAACCAGGGGCUGCGUUGGAAAGAACCUUGCCUGGCUGGAGAUGCGACUUGUCAUUGCCAAGACACUCUGGAUGUACGAGGUUCGGCCUGAUCCAGAGAACAGACUUGGUGGAGGCAAUCGAAACGGGAAGCCUGGGCGACAGACGGAGGAUCAAUACCAGAUUUACGACAUCUUCGUGGCCGGCAGGAAGGGACCGAUGCUGCAGAUGCGCAAGAGGUAA